AUGCCCAUUCCCCGCACUCCUGAACGGAGGACCGGACCGGAGCUACAUAAGUUGAUCGAUUCGCUCAACGAUGAGUUCGAGUUGGAAAUCCCGAAUCCUCAAUUCUACUCGCCGUCGGUCUCGGUGGAUAAAAAUUCUCUACAAUGGCAGAGCUAUCAUAAGAUCAAGCGACUCUACUUCGCCCGCAGUGUCGAUCUGAACGAAUUGCUGAACAACUUUGAGGAAUGGGUCGUGGCCUCUCGGGUAACUACUAACGCCGGUCAUCGAAUGAGCAAUGCGGCAGGCGCAGUACCUGGUCCGUCAAACAGAGAUCUAUUGAUGGGAGAAGGUUAUUGGCCGGUUUCCCAGGAACAGAGGAACGAGCGAUUGAAAUACCUAGUCAAUUUGAUCAAUGAUGAACUUUAUAUGCUAGGCGGGGGCUCCUUUGUGUCCCACUGCCGGGACAAUGAACCACUUUUGGAAGAAGCACCAUGCUUCGAGUCUAGGAAGAGAAGGUUAUCGGAAGACGAAGUCUUCCAUACAGCUCCCAAUUCUCCGGUCAAACGCUCGCCCCCAUUGCUAGCUGAUGGGUUUCAGGAUGCAACAUUUGAGAACUUGGAAUUCAGCUCCGAAAUAUCGGCGAACAGUCCCGUGCAUGUCUCCAAAACCCCCAAGACCUCUAGCCCGGCAAAAGGGCCGUCGAAGUUCGUUGAAAAGUUGACAGCUCCCGACAAUUAUCGGCGAUAUGAUGCAGUACCGCCUGCGAAGACUGGACCUGAGUUUAGCUUCACAUCAACAGUUCCAAAUACUUCAGUGGAUACUUUCUAUCUGAAUCGAUUUGACACUUCCUUCGUAUCAAACGGCACGGAACUCACCGAGCCCAUGCCAGACUCGGAAUCUGUGUAUGAGGACUCAGUAGUUGGGCACUUGCUGAGCCAAGAGAUGAGGACGACAUUUGAAGCACAACAGCCUCUCAUCGAGGAGUCACCGCCAGACGUCCGAUAUUCCUUUGAGCAGGAUAUAAUGAGUCAGCUACUUAAUGAUGGGCCGUUUUCGCAUGAGCAUUGCUUUUCUGCCUCUGUGCCGUUGCGAUACCGAUAUGAGCUGGAGAGAAUAGGUCGAGCUUGGAACGUUCCCCUCGACCGCAUGUUGGUUGGCAAUAAUGUCCCUUUCAAGUCACGCGAAGCUUUCUGGAACUGGAUCGAGACACACAACCAACGCGGAGAUAAACCCCUCCCGGAGAAGUCACCCAGUAAGGCCUGGGAUGCCGCCGUGGGUGAUUUCACAACGGACAAACACUCCGAAGAUGUGGCUCUUACGGGUGAUUUAGAAUGGUGUAGCGACUCUGAGCCUGGUAUUCUAAAUCUCACGUUAAACCCUCUUAGAACAGAGAGGACAUGUCGGUUCCACCGUCGCUUUGGGUCCGACCGAUUCCUCAGCCUGACGGUGCCUGCACCGGCACGGCCUCCUCGUCGUUUACGAAUGCCUGCGCAUCCCUCGCUUCUGCGGGAGAGCAUGGUCAUGUGGCUACAGCAGAAUUCCCAUCAAUGUCUAGGAAGGACAUGGAAGGCGUUCUAUCUGGAAGAAGUCAAAUCGAAGCGCAAAAUGGCCGAACCCCGGUUCAGAGUUGAAUUCUUUGCUAUCGAUGGGGUCGAUUUUGAUCACACACCCCUUUCGCCUCCCAUUGCGCCUAGAGAACAGGGAAGUGCCAAUCGCACUGAAAUGAACCUCGAUACCCUCCUGGAGUGGCAUAUGCCAUUCGAGGCAAAUCGAGGUCAGACCAAUUGCAAGCUUUUCCAGCGGCUCUCUUUGGGGCUAUCAAAGACCUUCGCGACCGUGCCUUUGAAACCAACGCAGGUUCUCCAUCUCAGGGAUGGAUCCCCAGUUAUGAAUGAUGGUUGUGCUCUUAUGUCCAGGGCGCUGGCCAAUCAGAUCUGCGACUCACUGGGUCUAACCGACAACACGCCUAGUUGUUUCCAAGGGCGAAUCGCCGGCGCAAAAGGCUUGUGGAUGGUGGACAGGCAUCAGUCCCAUGUUUCGGCGGGAGAUGAUGACGUUUGGAUCCAAAUAUCUGACUCGCAAUUGAAGAUCAAACCCCAUCCGCAGACGUGGCAGGACCCCAUUGACGAGGAGCAGCUGACCUUUGAGGUAGUCAAAUGGUCCAAGCCAUUGCAUUCCGUGCAUCUGAACAUCCAACUGCUGGCUAUCUUAGAGCAUGGCGGGUACGUCAGCGACCAUAUCGCCGACCUCACCCGGCUGAGCAUCCAGUCAGUGUACAAGGAUUUUGCCGAAGUGGUCCAGUCCGACAAUCCUGUUCUUUGCCGCAAUCUAAUCCAAAAAAUCAAGCCUGUAGCAGAUGAUGGUUCGAAGCUGCUACUCCAUAAAGCUCGGCGCAUGGAACAAUGGAUGAUGAAUGAGUCCGAAACUCUGAUCCGUCUCACGGAAGCGGGGUUUACGCCGCGAAGCUUCUAUCCUCUCCGCCACCGGCUUGGAAAGUGUCUUCGAAAAGUGCUGGACCGGCAUAUGGAGGAGCUUCACAUUGAGGUGCCGCUCUCCACCUACGCCUUCUGUAUUGCAGAUCCGUAUGGGGUGCUCAAAGAGGACGAGGUUCAUUUUGGGCUUUCGGCCAAUUGGCGGGAUGGACAGGGUCAAUUUGAAGACAAUCUUCUGGACGGCGUAGAUGUUCUCGUCGGGCGUCUCCCUGCCCACCUUCCUUCCGACAUUCAGCGGCGAAAAGCCGUGUGGAAGUCGGAGCUCCGUCACUUCAAGGAUGUUAUCGUCUUCCCCACAGCCGGAAAGAUUCCUCUGGCCCAUAUGCUUUCGGGGGGAGACUACGACGGCGAUACGCCAUGGAUUUGCUGGGAUCAGAAUAUCGUGAAAAGCUUCCGCAACUCCGACAUGCCAGAAAUAGAAAGACCGCCGGAAUACUUCGGGGUCACGAAUCACGCUGUCCCUAUGAGGGAGAUCUCCACAUGGGAUGAGUUUCUCCAAAGUGCCAUGACCUUCAACAUGAUGCUAUCGAAUCUAGGUCGAUGCACCGUCGAGCGCGAGAAACUCGGGUACGACCAGUCCAUCGACUCGCCUGACGCCAUGGAACUUAGUUGUCUGCUCAGUCAUCUAGUUGAUGGACGCAAGAGCGGAGAUCAUCUGUCGAAGGCAGCGUGGCAGAAGUAUCGCAAGAAGAUCAGCCCAAAGGUCCGCGAGCUGCCUGCAUAUAAGAAUCCCGAUCGGAAGCCUAAAAUUUCGAAUAUCAUUGACUACCUGCAGUUCCAGGUGGUCAAAAAGGAACGGAAUUCUGUUUUGAGGCAGCUUGAGAAAGCAUUCCCCGAGAAUGAGAACAUGUACAGCAGGGACGAAGCUCUCGUGCAACCUUGGAACGAGGCGCGAAAACAAGCAGACCAGCAGGGCCGGGACGGACCACUGCAUGCCGUUCUCGAAACGGUCGCCGGGGAAAUCGACGGGCUGUAUCGCCAGUAUGGGAGCUCCUUCGGAGAAGGCGGCUCGUUCUCGGCUGCCACAGCAGACAUCACGGAUCGUGCGAGAACCAUUCCACCCCCUGCCAGUGGAGGACAUCCUUUGAUUUAUGCCUGGCAACACAACCCCGAUGCAUGGCAGCAAUUGCUCGCCUCGUAUACUUACAAGAAGCGCCCCAGCAGCAGCUUCUGGAUCCACGCCUUCGGUGAGGUUCUAUGCCAGAUGAAGGCAAACAGCCUGCCCUCGCGGACUGUGGUUUACGAGGUUUUGUCAUGCUACCGCGUCAAUCCCAAGGCAGUUGCUCGGUUGAGCGCGCAAAAUGCAUCGGAAGAGGAUGAAGACGAUGGGGAGGCAGGAGAAUACGAAGGACAUGAAGCAAUCGAGGCGAUGUUGUAUGGAACGCCGAUGCAAGCCCUAGGAGGAUAUUACGAUCCGGAUGAUUCGAUGUCGGUGGAAUGA